AUGUCUGAAUUCCCAAUCACCAACAUGAACCAGGAAGAUGGAGGGAGCUACACCUGUGACUAUCACCCCAUAACAGCUAAGAACCACUGGUCGCAUCUCAGUGACCCUGUGGAGCUGGUGUGUCUCACAGCUGAUUUCCUUCUCGCUGCAGAGCCCAGCCACCCAAAACCCAGCAUCUCCCUGCGCCCCAGCAGACCGGUGACCCCAGGGGGAGCUGUUACCAUCCGGUGCUGGGGUACACACCUACGGAUGAAGUUUGCUCUGAUCAGAGUGGGAAGCAGUUUCCCACCCCAGGACACCAUCGGGUUUCAGGCUCAGUUUGUCAUCCCCAGUGUGAGCACUGAGUACAGCGGGAGCUACAGCUGCUACUACCACAGCAAAUCUGACCCGUUCACUGUGUCUGAGUCCAGCGACCCUGUGGAGCUGGUGGUGAGAGAUUGCAGCUAUCCCAGACCCAGAAUUUCUCUCAGCUCCAGUUGGCCAAUUGCUCUGGGUCGAGAUGUCACCAUCCGCUGUGCCUGUCAGUGUCAGCACCGGGACCUGAAGUUCUUCCUGCACAAGGCUGGAGCUCAGCAGAUGCUGCAGCCUAUGAAAACUAUGGGGGAAGUGGCUGAGUUCUUCAUCCCCAGCGUGACCUGGGAGCACAGAGGGAGCUACAGCUGCAGCUACCGCCCCCCAGGAGAACUAUAUGUCUUGUCAUAUUCCAGCAACCCUCUGGAUAUUGUAGUGACUGGAGGAACUGAUCAGACUGAGCCUAGAUGGACACUGGCUCCAACAGAUGAAGGGAGCACUGGGACAGACCCAGAAAGGAAGAAUCCAACAGUAUUGAUCAUCACGGGGGGCUGCACAGCUGCCUUCCUCCUCCUCCUCUUCAUUUCCUUCCUCUUCUACAGAAAAAUCCAAGAAAGGAAAAGUCAGGUGUCAUCAAACCACACCAGGUACAAAUCCACACUCCUAACUGUCCUUCAGCCUGCCUGCACUGAGAGCCAGAAGCUCUGGGCUUCUUCCCAGAUGUACUCCUCUGUGGAUGACAGAGAAGAGCAGUGCACUCUGCCCCAGAUGGACCCUGAUCCCAAUGCUGAUGGCAUCACCUACACUGAGCUGAACCAUGAGGCACUGAACAAGCAGUGGUACCCCACCCUUGCCAUUGUUGAGCCCAGCCUCUAUGCUGCAGUCAGUGCCUUUCCAGCACCGUCCAUCUCCCUGAUCCCCAGUGGGAGCAUCAUCCCAGGAACCAACAUGAUCAUCCGCUGCUGGGCAGACCUGUCAGGCAUGCGGUUUCUACUGUAUAAGGUUGGGGUGCUGGAUGCCCUGAGGCAUGUGGAGCCGGCUGGGAAUAAGGGUGAGUUCCCCAUUACCAAUGCCAGGCAGGAGGACAGCGGUAACUACACCUGCCGCUACCAGACCCUAGAUGAGCCACCCAAAUGGUCAUACCACAGCAACCCUGUGGAGCUGGUGGUGAAAGAAGUCUUCCCAGCACCAACCAUCUCCCUGAGCCCCAGUAGGAACAUCACCCCAGGAGCCAAUGUGAUCAUCCACUGCCAGGCAAACCUAACAGGCAUGCGGUUUCUGUUGUACAAGGCUGGGGUGCUGGGUGCCCUGCGGCACACAGAGCCAGCUGGGAACAAAGGCGAGUUCCCCAUCACCAAUGCCCGGCGGGAGGACAGUGGUAACUACACCUGCUGCUACCAGACCCAGAAUGAGCCACCCAGCUGGUCAUACUACAGCAACCCCGUGGAGCUGCUGGUGAGAGGGGUUCCUCCGAAGCUAGAUUACACCCUGGGCAACAUCAUCCGCCUGGGCCUGGGCGCCGGGGUCCUGCUCUUCCUAGCACUGAUCAUAGCUGAGACCAUGUGCAGGUGGAGGAGGGGAGGGCUCUGUGCUCCAUGAGCAUGGGACUCCCCCCUGUUUUCCCAAGGAUUCCUUUUAUCUGAGACCCCCAAGGAUUGACAUGGCCCCUCAUCUGAUUUGGUAUCAAGUGAACUCUAUUUAGUAACCCCUAGGCUCAUUACAAGUAUUCUUCCUUGAAAUAGGACCUGGCAAGAGGUUCCUUAGACAUUACAGCAGCAACCUUUGGUGUUACCAGCCUCAGAUCCUCUGCUGGUGUGUGGGAUGUUAGUUCCUGGGUUCCUUGUUACUCAAAGCAAGAAUCCCAAGGCUGCUCCCAACUCCACAGGGUGACAACACAUGCACACACUGUCUCUGUUUGUCCACUGCUUUUGUAACUUUCUCAUCUCAAGCUUUCUAGUCCUCAAGUUUCCUAUCUCAACUUUUUAGAUAAGGUACUCCAAUCCUAUUCCAUUUUUGGUUUCCUUUCCUUUUAGGGAAACUACUGUACCUGGUUAGCCCAUUGUACCAAUCAUAGCAUUCACUUUUCCCAGUGCUUCAUAAGGCGCUCUGUACAAUUUAAUUGCUUAGUUUUGGGAAGGCCUAAAGUUAUGCUCAGGCACUUAACAUAAAUCAGUUUGCCCGCUACACCCCCCAGAUGCCCCCACGUGCCCCACCACCACCCCUGUGUUUGGGACACGACACCCCACUCCUCUCUUGGAUGGAGCACUGAAAAUUCAUUGGGGACUUGGGCCAGUGGGCAAGGGAAUGAGGUUGAGAUCAAGGGUCAAAUGGGGAUCUGGCCCUAACCAUGGGCCUGGGCUUUAAUGGGGUUUUCCUGGUCUCUGUGGGAUUGUAGCAAGAAACCCUUUUUUUGCUUCCUCCCCCCCCCCAAUGUGAAGCUCCUCCAUAUGGCAAAAGCCCCUCUUUCACUAUUUGCCCCCUUUUGGGGAUGCUUUCUCUUUUCUACCUUUUCUUCCUUCCUCUCUCUUUUUCUUUUAUUAUUUUAUUAUUAUUUUUAUAUAAGGUGUAUUUGCAGUGAAAAUAGAGCUUGUAGAUGCUUUUACAAAUGUACUUCUAAGUUUAAAAGUCAGUUGUACUAUGUAACAAUGCUAGCAACAGCAUGAAUCUCUGUAUGGACCAGGUCCCUGAAUGAAUAGUGGUUGAUUGUGUAACACAGUAGCAAAUCUGAAUAAACAAUUUAAUGAGCGGCAGUUAACACCUACAAAAUUACAGACCAAGAAGAGGAAAGAAUCAAUAAAGAGCCAGGAAUUCCCGGAAACUUCAUUGUUAAAGGUACAGAAGCCCCCAUUUGAACUAAUCAACACUGGAAACAGACCCUUCGGGCUGAAAUACCCCCUGAUCAACCACUUCCAGAGCUCCAUUCAUUACGGCAGUGAAUCAAUCAAAAUUCAUCAAUAGACUCCUGAGACUGCACGUACGUGUGGACAUGGCCCCUGGGGUUGACAGCUGCUAUCCAGCAACUACCAAGAGGGACGUCCCUUGAGGUCAACGACCCUUGGAUUGGGUAAGCCCGAGAAUUGGGGAGUCACCAAAAUCUGCCAGAGAGGGAUAAAAGGCAGCAAAGACUGACCCCCAAUGGUGCCCUCUUUGACCAGACCAGCACCCUGCCUGUCCAGCCAGAAGGACCAGCUGGCGACCCCCUUCUGCAGCAACAUCACACUGAAAGAAGCCUCGAGUGGCCAUCAACAGCAGACUCCAGCACUUGUGGAUAGGUAUAUCUUGACACCAGUCCUUAGUGUUCAGAACUAGCUACUGUGAGUGUGUGCAUGUAUGUGAGUGUUUGAGGGGACUGGCACCAAAAUUUAUGGUCUGACUUUUGCAUCCAUCCAAUAAACUAGAAUUUUAUGAUGA